AUGCUCAACAGAACAUUAGCCAAGGAAUUUCUUCUUUUGGGUUUUGAGGGACAUCAAAAUAUAAGAGCUCUCCUGUUUAUACUCUUCUUCUUUGUGUAUAUUAUCAUUAUAUCUGGCAAUCUGCUAAUAAUUGGAUUGGUUGGGACAAACAAAAACCUUCGUUCUCCAAUGUAUGUUUUUCUUAGUAACCUUUCUUUCUCUGAAAUUAUGAUCACUACUAAUAUUGUUCCAAACAUGCUUGGUGUCAUUCUGGAAGGAAGCAAGACCAUCUCUUUCAGUGGUUGUUUCACCCAACUCUUUUUCCAUGGCCUGUUUGGCUACAUGGAAUGUCUUUUCCUAACAGUGAUGUCUUAUGAUCGAUACCUAGCCGUCUGCAACCCACUUCACUAUACCUCAAUUAUGGAUGUUAUGCUCAAAAGAUACAUCAUUUUAGUGUGGAUUUCCAGCUUUAUCUUUAUCGUUGUACCGAUUAUUCUUUUGCUUCAGUUAUAUUUUUGUUAUCCCAAUGUCAUAGACCUCUUUUUUUGUGACCUUACUCCUCUAUUGGCUCUUUCAUGUUCAGACACAUAUGCCAUUAAAACUGAGGCUAUUGUCUCCUCAGUCUUGCUGGCGCUCUGUUUCUUCUUGAUAGUCUUCUCAUAUGUUUGUAUUCUUCUCACCAUCCUCCGAAUCCCUUCUGCUCUUGGUCGCCAGAAAACCUUCUCAACAUGCAGUUCUCACCUUCUUGCUGUCUUGAUAUUUUUUUUGACCAUUAUCAGUGUUUAUGGCAAUCCAACGAUGGUUUAUUCCUCCACCAUCAACAAGUUACAAUCUUUAUUAUAUGUUUUGGUGACUCCAUUUUUCAACCCAAUCAUAUACACUCUGAGGAACAAAGAGAUAAAAUCUGCACUUUACAAAUUGAAAAAUUCUCUGAAAAACAGAAAUCUUUAG